AUGGCGACAGCCCAGAUUUCGCCGGCCUCAGGUAGUAAUAUACCUACCAGGCUGCCUGCAAGUGAGGAGAUGCAGGAGUAUGAAAAGAUUUUGAAAAUAAGUGACGAUAUCUUUUCUGGAACUCACCCUAGAUUGAAGGUUCCCCAGCAGUUCGUGCGCAAACCCGCCUCUCGAGGCCCCCCUGUCUCGACUCCCACCCAGGUAAAAUCGGGUGACCAACUCAAGUCUCCCCCGAAACCCCAGCUUCCUCCGUCCGCUCCGUUGGCUCAGAGGCCGGCGACAUCGCAGCCUCCCAGUGCCGGAAGUGCUCCUUCCGGCGCGACCGGGCCGUCGCGUUUAGUCCCUAAGCCUGCCUCGGAGAUUGAUCCCAUAUUUUUGACCAAGUCAGAUGAUCUAGUCAGAGCUGAGAUACAACUACAGCGGCAGCGGGUGGAGAGAGUGCUGCGGGAACAGUUGGAACAGAAAAGGCAGGAUUCGAGGCAGAAGGCCUCUCUACAAGACACAAAACCAGACUUUGACGUUUCUGAUGUGCUAGUGAAGGCCUUUGAGAUGGUCAAACCGUCUCCGUCCGUGGAUGCACCUGGUGCUGGAGAGCCCGGUGACUCUUUUGACGAGAACUCGUUCUACUCCAGUAGAGCCCCUGACUCUCCCCAGCAGGGCGAGCCGCAGAGGCAGUCUCCAGCUCCCCAGUCUAAUUCUGAGGAGCUGGCUACUGAAGCUCCAGCAGAGAACUAUUCAGAUGAGUUGCAACGGCUUGAAGCCCUCAACAGAACUGGAUCGGAUCAGGAUGUGCAAGAUACUUACCCCGUGGCAGACCACCUAGUACCCUAUGAUCAGAGGCAGCCGCACCAUACUGAGGUGGACGUCGCCGUCCGCAAGUAUCCCGAACCCGACCAGCCGACCGACGCGUAUGAAGAACCAGAGUAUUCACCACCGGCCCCCGGGGUAGCGCCUAUGGAGAGGGAUGAUAACUAUGGGUCUCAACGGGGUUAUGCGAACGGGACAAAACGUCGAGCACCGGAAGAUCGAGUGCCUGAGCGGCAUCGUCGGUCUCGGAGAUCACUAUCGCGGGGAGGCGAUGUAAGAAUUGUGCGAAACCACAUAACCUCGCCUGCUGCUCCGCAGCCGUCCAGAGUCUCCCCCUUAGCCAUCGCCAAGGUGCCCUCGGUCCAUCAACUAAAAGACACGCGUCCGGAUUACGGUCCAGAGCGCCAUGCUAGCCCUGAGGUUCCUGCUCAGCCAUUGACGUCUAGGAAACGUAGGAGGUUGCAGGAUGACAGAGGUCGUCCAUCGUAUACUAGAGCGCCAGCAGCGGCCCAUGUCGAAGAAGCAUUCAUCAAGGAAGAGCCUGUCUCACCUCCGCCAUUCACAGACACUCAACACGCUUACCGGACCCGCCAACCACAGGAAAGACCAGUGUACAUUGACAUUGCUUCCCCGCGCUACACCCCAGUAUUAGAACGGAGAGACCCACAGAUCAGGGAACCGGCAUAUGAGUACGAGGUGUACGAGCCCCAUGCUGAGCCGGGGAUUCAGCGCACCCUUUCAAGACUUAGUGCUCGCCGGCCAGUCCGGGACGAUCAAGACUUGCGCAGAGUUGCCAGCUUGCAUCAGGCUCGGCAACCCGAAUAUGCUCGUGAAUAUGUUGACCAAGCCAGUCCCCAGUCGGUGCGGGCCGGGUCUUAUGCUAUUGUUGAGCGUCCACCUGAGAGAAUUCGAUACUAUGAUGAGCUGGCGCAGCCACCUCCUACGAGACGCUAUAUUCCGGCUGGCGAAUCGCCCAACUCACCACGAUAUCAUGAUGCUUACUAUGAAGAGGAACCUGCAGCACGGGUGAUGGCACCUCCACCGCGUCGGAUAGUGGUUGACGAGCAUGGCAAUCAGUACUAUGAGACGUUGCCUGCUCCAAGACUGCAGGCUAUGCCUCCGCCCUCUACUCGACUACCCAGAAGUGACGUCUACGACGACCGUACACCACUGCGCCCGGCAAGCGUGCGAGCGGCGUCUGUUCUUGAGGAUCCGUAUGGCGGUCGGCGAUACGUGCAGGACAUGCCACCUCCACCGACCGCCUACCGACGAGUCACCGACUACGCUCGUCCGGCUCCAAGCGAACGGCGACCGUACACUGGGGCUUUGGAUGAACGAGAGCCGUUCCCCCGUAGUGCCAGCGUGCAAGUGACGGAAUACGGGACUCGCCGUCCCCCUUACCUAGACGAAGCCGAGCUUCCACGGGAGCGGAUCGUCCGGAUGCCGAGUGUGCGCCCGCCCACUAGCCGGUACGAGGAGCCGCCGAUGAUUCAGCGGGUGGAGAGCGUGCGCCCGAGCGGUCGAGAUGUGAGCGUCUACAUGGAUGAUGCUGCCCGGCAGCCGAGAGAAUACAUUGAGCGGCCUGUAUACGUUGCUACGCGCCCUGUGCGGGACGAGCGCUACUACGAGGGCAGUAACCCAGCGGAGCGGGUCAUCCUCGACGGGGGAAGGGACUGUCGACAUGUAAAUAACUUACAAAGUACUAAACGAGUAAAUGGAAGAAUUCCAUCCAUUCCCUUUCCAUCAUCUCUUUCUUGCUCUUCCCUUCCUUUUCCCUCUCUCUUCUCUUCUCCUCCUCCUCCCCUCCCCAAAUCCAGUCUAAAGCUUUUUGCUGCUGAGACUCGACCUCCCCUUGUCAUGCACAAGAUUUCCAAUUUCACGGGCCAAGCCCGUCAUGGCUGGGAGCGUAUGACGCCCACUUUUGGCAUGUCUCGACCGCAUACCGACAUGACUUCUCACUCCCUCCGUCGACCGCAUGGCGCGCCGCCCAUGACUCCUCCGACUGGAAUCGACCCGACCGUCAAUCUCUCGUUUAACGUGCCCUUCUCCUCCACUCUUGCUGGUCCCGACGUCGACGAUGUCCUGCAUGCGAGCCCUGGCGCCCUUCAACGCUGGACCUUCCCCGAGGGCACUCCCGAAGGCACCCCCGUCCACCAGCUUCCCGUUCACGCGAGCAAUGUCGACGCCCUGCGGAGAUUGUGUCGACAAAUCACCGAAAGCAGUAACGGGAGGGUCGAGGCGGCUGUGACCUCGUCGGAGCCCAAGACUGUCCCUUCGCUACAACGGCGCCCUCAGGGUUUGGCGACCAACGUCUGCAUCACGGGUGAUGGAGAGACGGUGCGGAAGAUGCGAGCUAGGGUGUUGAACGAGACCCCCAUUUUGUUGCGAUGUGCGACCGUGGACGUGGACAUGCACCUGAUCCUGGAUGGAACCACUAAAAAUAUCCGAGCGAGCGUCUUGGAGCAUUUGGAUACGCUGGCGGCCUAUACGGGCACGGACAUUUUCCUCCUGAGCCCCAAAAUCCGCGAUACGGAUAGUGCGGUGGUGUCUUCUUAUGGCUACGCCUCGGACAAUGGGCUGGAUCAACGCUUCCGGGUGUCCAUCUACGGCGAUAUGGAGAGCGCUGAGCAUGCCAAGACCAGGGUCUUGAUUAUGAUCGAUCAGAUUCUCAAACGUCACGUGGACGCCGUGAAGCUGGAGCUGACCAUGCACACCUUGGUCUGCGGCCGUACUCGCAAGAACAUCAAGCUGAUCGAGGCUGCCACGGGCACAGCCAUUUACUUCCCGCCGCCAUUCCCUCGCAUUUUCGGCUACACGCCGCCGGGUGCUCAUCGUCGCAGCGAGAACGAGGUCUACAUCACCGGUGAUACGCAGGAGCAGAUUGCACGUGCAAAGCAAAAGCUUCAGGAACUUGUGAUGGGCGUGAAGAUCUACGUCAAGGAUGUCAUUGUCAACUCGAACAAGAUCGACAACAUUCUGCUCGACCGUCUGGACAAGGUCCGCAAGGUGAUGGAGAUGAACGGCUCCUACGUCCUCUUUCCUCAGCUCGGUACGCAGCGGGGUCUGGCUGGUCAAUUCUACAGCGCGUCGUGGUGGAUCAUCAUGCCCGACCCGUCGCAAGGGGGUUUCCGGGCGCCGUCUCCCGCAGACGUCCGCACCAUGCUCUCUGACAUCUGCAGCAACUCGGGCGCUGAAGUUAGCUUUGACAACCUGACGUUUACCAUCAAUGGCUCGGAUGACGCGGUCAAGGCGGCGAUGAUGGUGAUCAACCAGAUCCCGUUUGUGCAGCGCAGCCAGUACCAGAUGCGCGUGAAGAUUGAACUCGCCAACGAGCACAAGGAAUUCGUGAGCGGCAAGAAGAAUGGCAAGAUCAACAAGAUCAUGGGCCAGAGCAAUGUGCAAAUCAUCUUCGAUGGUUUCAACGAGUACAACUUCUACAUCGACGUGUGUGGAAACCAGUACGAGUCUACCAAGAAUGGCUUGGAUCUUGUUGAACAGGAAAUGCCGGCGUCGAUUUCGUUCCACGUGCCAGACCAGUACCACAAGCGCAUCAUCGGCAUUGGAGGCCAGCACAUCCAGCGCAUCAUGAAGAAAUACUCGGUGUUUGUCAAAUUCUCCAACGCCAUGGACCGUGGCGGCAUGGGCAAAGAGGAGGACGACAUCAAGGUUGACAAUGUCAUUUGCCGGACCCCUGCGCGUAACGCUCAGAGUCUGGACCUGGUGAAGCAGGAGAUCAUGGACAUGGUCGAGAAAGUCGAUGCCGAGUAUGUCUCCGAACGUGUCGUCAUCAACCGGUUGUACCACCGUGAACUACUUGCGCGCAUGUCCGAAAUCGAUGAGCUCGAGAAGAAGUGGAACUGCAAGAUCGAGUUCCCUAGUACCGAACUUGCCAGUGACGUCGUGACUAUUUCCGGGCCCGAGUACCAGGUCCCACAGGCCGUUGACGCCUUACUGGGAAUGGUUCCGGAGAGCCACGAGCUACUCUUCCAGAGCUCUGCCGAGUUGCGCGAGUAUUUCAAGUCGACCGAGUUCCACGACGACGUGUGUGCCAAGCUCAAGGACCAAUACGAGGUCGAUACCACCGUCGAUACUAGUUCGGACCCUCCGGCCUCGGCUUCGGAGAGUGGCUCUUCUUCUCCCGUCUUCGGACCGGAAGACCGGGUUGUGCUCGGAUAUACUCGCAACAAUGCCGGCGGACUCAAGGAUGCCAUUGACUUUCUGAUCUCUCGAUUGGUCGCUCACGGCCUCGACGCGACUACGGUCAAGGGAGCUAUUCCUCGCCCCAAGUCGGACUCUUUCGAGGAGUCUCUCCCCUUCUUCGACUCCAAGUUGCUGCAGCAUGCGCCCGCUCCUAUUGUCACCGACUCCCCCACUCGUCCCAGUUUCUCGGAUGAGACCAGCGAGCGUGGGUCCAUCUUUGAGAGACUGCGGAAGCCCGGCAGCAUCUCUUCCUUUUCUUCGUUCAUUGGCCGCAAGAAUCACUCGGCCUCUCCCGGAUCCUUCUUCAAGCAUGCGUCCAGUAACGCCUCGAAGGCGUCACUGGUCUCCAUGGAGUCUCGAGACAGUGGCUACCGCAACCCAUGGAAUGAUUCUGGCGUGAACCUUGCCGAGGACGACGUGCCUGUCCUCGGAAGUUCUCACAGCCACAGCAGCAGCAAUGGCUGGCCCGCGCGCUUUGACACCAAAUUUCCAUUCGGUACCGCGCCAGGGGACAUGACCCCCAAGCAUGACCCGCGCGCUUCUUUUGACAGUGGUCGUCCUAGUACUUCCAAUUCUACUUCUGGAUACCCGGCCCCAAUCGGGCCACCGCGUUAA